AUGUUGGCCUCCACCUUCUCCUACCGCAUGUACAAGAGUGCGCUCAUCCUGGCCGCCCUUCUGGGCUCUGGUCAGGCUCAGCAGGUCGGCACUUCCCAGGCGGAAGUGCAUCCCUCCAUGACCUGGCAGACCUGCACUGCCGGCGGCACUUGCACCACCAACAACGGCAAGGUUGUCAUCGACGCCAACUGGCGUUGGGUGCACAACGUCGGUGGCUACACCAACUGCUACACCGGCAACACCUGGGAUACAAGCCUCUGCCCGGACGAUGUGACGUGCGCGUCCAACUGCGCCCUCGAGGGUGCCAACUACGCCUCCACCUAUGGGGUGACUGCCAGCGGCGACUCCCUCCGCCUCAACUUCGUCACCACCAGCCAGCAGAAGAACAUUGGCUCCCGUCUGUACAUGAUGAAGGAUGACUCCACCUACGAGAUGUUCAAGCUGCUGAACCAGGAGUUCACUUUUGAUGUGGAUGUCUCCAACCUCCCCUGCGGUCUCAACGGCGCUCUGUAUUUCGUCGCCAUGGACGCUGACGGUGGCAUGUCCAAGUACCCAGCCAACAAGGCCGGUGCCAAGUACGGUACCGGUUACUGUGACUCUCAGUGCCCUCGCGACCUCAAGUUCAUCAACGGUCAGGCCAACGUCGAGGGCUGGACUCCCUCCUCUAAUGAUGCCAAUGCGGGUACGGGCAACCACGGCUCUUGCUGCGCGGAGAUGGACAUCUGGGAGGCCAACAGCAUCUCCACUGCCUACACCCCUCACCCUUGCGACACUCCCGGCCAGGUGAUGUGCACUGGCGAUGCUUGCGGUGGCACCUACAGCAGCGACCGCUACGGCGGCACCUGCGACCCCGAUGGAUGCGAUUUCAACUCCUUCCGCCAGGGCAAUAAGACCUUUUAUGGUCCUGGCUUGACUGUCGACACCAAGAGCAAGAUGACCGUGGUCACCCAGUUCAUCACCAACGACGGCACCGCCACCGGCACCCUCAAGGAGAUCAAGCGCUUCUACGUGCAGAACGGCAAGGUGAUCCCCAACUCCGAGUCGACCUGGUCCGGCGUCGGCGGCAACUCCAUCACCAGCGACUACUGUACCGCCCAGAAGAGUCUGUUCGGCGACACCGACGUCUUCUCCAAGCACGGCGGUCUGGAGGGCAUGGGCGCCGCCCUCGCCCAGGGCAUGGUCCUCGUCAUGUCCCUGUGGGAUGACCACUCGGCCAACAUGCUCUGGCUCGACAGCAACUACCCUACCACCGGCUCCUCCACCACUCCCGGUGUCGCCCGUGGUACUUGCGACAUCUCCUCUGGCGUCCCCUCCGACGUUGAGUCCAACAACCCCAACGCCUAUGUCGUCUACUCCAACAUCAAGGUCGGGCCCAUCGGCUCUACCUUCAACAGCGGCUCCGGCGGCUCGACCACCACCACCACCACCAAGGCUACCACGACCACUACCAAGGCCACCACCACCACGACCACUGGCGGUAGCACCACCGGCACCGGCGUCGCUCAGCACUGGGCUCAGUGCGGUGGAGUUGGAUGGACUGGACCCACAGUCUGCGCCAGCCCGUAUACUUGCCAGAAGCAGAAUGACUACUACUCUCAGUGCCUGUAG